AUGGUAGGCCAACAACCAGAACACAUCUACUCUACUCAAAACGGAUUCCCUCACUCUGCUCACCCAUAUGGUGCUCAAUAUGCUAGACCUGACGGUCCACUUCUCUUGCAGGACGUUCAUCUAAUUGAAUCUCUAGCUCACUUCGACAGAGAAAGAAUUCCAGAAAGAGUUGUCCACGCUAAGGGUGGUGGUUGCAGAUUUGAAUUUGAAUUGACCGAUUCUUUGAGCGACAUCACUUUUGCCGCUCCAUACCAAAAGCCAGGUUACAAAUGCCCAGGUACAGUUAGAUUCUCUACCGUCGGUGGUGAAUCCGGUUCUCCUGAUACUGCCAGAGAUCCUAGAGGUACAUCUUGGAAAAUGUACACUGACUGGGGUGUUCAUGAUUACGUUUUCAACAACACUCCAGUCUUCUUCAUUAGAGACGGUAACCAAUUCCCUCAUUUCAUCCACACUCAAAAGAGAUACCCACAAUCACACUUGGGUCAAGGUGAUGACAGUUCCAUGUUCUGGGACUAUCUAACCCAAAACCCUGAGUCUAUUCACCAAAUCGUCUACAUGUUCGGUCCAAGAGGUACUCCAGCAUCUUGGGGUGAGAUGUCUUCAUACUCUGGUCACACUUUCAAGUUUUACAACAAGGAAGGUGAUAUGACUUAUGUGCAAUUCCAUAUUCUUCCUGAAAAGGGUUUCCAAUGUCUAAGUGGUGCUGAAGCUGCUCAAUUGGGUGGUUCUUCACCUGAUUACCACCACGGUAAGCUUUACAGACAAUUGGAAAGAGGUGAGAAACCUCGUUACAACUGCUUUGUCCAAACUAUGACACCAAAGCAGGCAGAAGAGUUCAGAUACUCUGUUAACGACUUGACUAAGGUCUGGCCAAAGAAGCAGUUCCCAUUGAGGAAAUACGGUACUAUUACUUUGACUGAAAAUGUCGAAAACUACUUUGAAGAAAUCGAACAAAUCGCCUUCAGUCCUUCCAACACCUGUAUCCCUGGUAUUGGUCCUUCUAAUGAUUCUGUUUUGCAAGCUAGAUUGUUCUCUUAUCCUGACACCCAACGUCACAGAUUGGGUGCUAACUACCAACAAUUGCCUAUUAACAGACCAAGAAAUGCUGGUUGCCCAUUCGCCACUAUGUUUUCCACAAGCACAAAGACACCAGCCAACGAAUGUCCUCACAUUGCAACCAACUUCCAAAGAGAUGGUCCAGGUUGUUUGUACAACAAGGGUAAGGAACCAAACUACAUUUCCAACUUGCCUUCCGCAACCUUGAAGUUCAAGAACUUGACCGACGACAAGACCACUAACAAGUACAAGGGUGUCGCCCUACAAGGUGAAGAGUCUGCUUCCGUUAAGAAACAGGAAUUCGAAAGAGAACGUCACGAAAGAAUUGUUAACGGUAAGAUCAACGAAUACUUCAUCAAGACUGGUGUGAGUGAGCUAGAUGUCGAACAACCAAGAGCAUUGUACGAAAAGGUGUUUAGCGAUGCUGACAGGAAAGAAUUGAUCAGCAACGUUGUCGGACACGCUUCUAACAUUCAUGUUCCUGAGAUCAAGACCAGAGUCAGUCAGUACUUCGGUUUGGUCAACAAAGACCUAGGAAAGGCUAUUGCUGAAGGUCUAGGUAUCAAAUGGGAACCAUUGGACUUGCAGAGGUACGCAGACGCUGUAGGCCAUGUUCGCCUCUGA